AUGGGUCCCUGGCUCCCUAGAGGCUCCUGUGUGGCAGCUGUGGUCCUGACCCUGAUGGCCCUGAGCCCUCCUGUGACUUUGGUCAGGGACCCCCGACCGCGGUUCUUGCAACAAUCUAAAUACGAGUGUCAUUUCUACAACGGGACGCAGCGCGUGCAGCUUCUGGAGAGACACUUCUACAACGGGGAGGAGUUCGCGUUCUAUGACAGUGACACGGGUGAGUACCGCGCGGUGAGCGAGCUGGGGCGGCAGGACACCGAGGACUGGAACAGCCGUAAGGAGCUCCUGGAGCAGAGACGGGCCGCGGUGGACACGUACUGCAGACACAACUACAGGAUUGGAGAGACCUUCACUGUGCAGCGGAGAG